CAUCAGGAGCCGCUGCCAACUCAGUCGUGGUGACUGUUGGCCCAAAGGCCACACGCACAGACCUCUUCCGGCCCAGCUUCAACCCAUAGGGCACAUAUCUUGUAUCAUAUUCCUCCAGCUGCACAACCCAAGACAGUCAUAUACCUGGCUAUUUGAGGGGACCCCUGAAGUCCCAAUUCAGUUGCCUCCUGGUCCCCGCCUUGUGUUGCUCCAGCCAGGAUGAUCGAGGUUGUUUGCAACGACCGUCUGGGGAAAAAGGCGCGCAUUAAGUGCAAUACGGAUGACACCAUCAGGGACCUUAAGAAGCUGAUCGCAGCCCAAACUGGCACCCGUUGGAACAAGAUCGUACUGAAGAAGUGGUACACGAUUUUUAAGGACCACAUAUCUCUGGGGGACUAUGAAAUCCACUAUGGGAUGAACCUGGAGCUUUAUUACCAAAAGAACAGAAUUCCUUCUUCCUGCCCUUCCCCCUCCUCCCACCCUCACUUCCCACACUAAUAUGGAUGCUUGUUUUUGGAAACUCAUGUUAAUAAAAACUUAGAGGC